CGCAUUUAGUUUACUAGUGUUCCCUUCUACCGUACUUUAUAUAGCACACAAUUUUAAAUACUGUAGUACUGUAGUUAUGCAGACGGAUAACGGAUUAGCGACAUUUGCAGCGAUUACAAACAGGUUGUAAGUGUGGGGAUGCCGAGUCGAAUAUUGUCGUUUAAUUUGCAAUACCGUUUGAAACGUCUCUUCGUAAUUGUUAGGAAAUCAUUGAUCUAUCACCAUGUUUGUUAAUAUCAUGUAUCGCCUCCCGCUUUUUUCAUUGUUCACGAUAAUAAGUGUGAAAUUAGAUAAAUCCGGAGUAUAUUCGUUUGAGGAAGGGGUCAAUAUAUUUCCAUUAUCGUCAUGCGACGACAUAGCGGAAGUUGGAGGUUCUACUAUAAGUUUCCCGCCUAAAUAUCCGCUUCUUCUGAAUCUUCAAUCGCCGCGUUAUUGUCGAUUUGAAGUUCAAAAUCGCAACCAAGUUCAGCCGGUUUCCAUAAAUCAGCUGAGCGCUACGCUGGAAUUUCCUUUCCAGUUGGCCACAGACGACGCACUUGUUUUCAUCGAUGGAAGUGUCCGCAGCUCCUAUCCAAAUACUUGUGACUAUAACCUAUUUACAAAGAAUGAUCCCUUAGUCAAAGUGACUCGACCCAAUUCCACAUCGACGCGCUUUGUUUUCAAUGCCACCGGAAGUGCCAUCCUGAUAGAUUAUUGUGGCGCGGGCAGAGGCGAUGGGCCCAUAAGCUUCUUCCUCGUGUUGACCGUUCAUACCGGUGCAAUGUUCGUAACCGAAACCCCACGUACCCGUCACAUACAGAAUCAGUUGCCGGUGCAGAAUCAAUUCCAAGUAUUCAACGGCAAUGCACCGCAAUCUGAUAUUGGAAGCCCCAUGUUUCAGCAGGCCGCGCCAGCUGCAGGAAUGCUACCAACAGCAGCGAAUGGCGGAUCGCUUCCAGAAUGCGGCACGACAGGCUAUCCGCCAGAUUAUACUCGCAUCGUCAACGGCGAUGUUGCUCAUUAUGGCAAUUUUCCCUGGAUAGCCGCUCUAGUCCAUAAAAGAUACAAGCAAUACUGUGGCGCAACAAUUCUGACUGCGGAUUGGGUCCUGACUGCUGCCCACUGCAUAAUAGGCCCUCUGGACGUCCGUGACAUUCAGGCCAACACGACCGUCGUAAUUGGUGUGUUGGAUCUCAAUCAGGCCACGGCGGAUAAUAAGUAUGAGAUUGCAGAUUUGGUCGUGCAUCCGAAUUAUGACCCCAAAGGUUGGCUAAACGACAUUGCUCUCAUUCGGUUAAAGCGUUCGAUACCAUUUUUUGAUGCCACCCAGCGUCCGGCUUGUCUGCCCAACCGUUCCCUGAAGGAUGUCGUCGCGGCAACCGGUCACACCCAGUGUUUCAUAGCCGGCUGGGGCUACACGAAAGAGGGUAUGGGGAUUACCGUCUUCCGAACGCCAUUGGGGCCGGCCGCACCGGACAACACGGUGACCUCCCCACCGGGUCCUCCGCACGUGGGAGCCGGUUCCGAUACGCUUCUGUAUGGGCGGUUGAAUUAUGUGCCGCUGGAAACCUGCCAGCAGAACUAUUACACCGGGGGCAUGCUACUACAGGGCGCACCGCAGUUUGUGCGCGAUAAUAUGUUGUGUGCUAGCAAUGACGAACGAUUUCAGGGGGCGUGUCUGGGGGAUAGUGGAGGCGGAUUAUAUUGUAGGGAAACCGAUCAUUCCUGGACCGUACAUGGAGUGUCCUCUUGGAGCGGAGGAUGUGCGCGGAAAGAUCUACCAUCGGUGUUUGCCAAUGUCUUCCAGUUGAAAAGUCUUAUACAGCGUGUAUUGAGUAAAAAGCCUUCUGGAUAGCCCAGUGGUUUUAAGCUGUGAUGAUUCUUGCACUUUUAAAGAUUUUAAAUUGUUAAUUGUUUAAUUGCAUUUUUAUUUGUUCCGGUUUCGAUAUACCCCCACCAUUUGGUUGGCGCUCAUAAAAUAAGGUAAUUUUAGGUGAGAUAAACUGGCAACUACA